CAGCCCGGCCUCCCUGCCCCCUCCCCGGAAAGGUCUGGUGACAGCCGAGCAAAUCCCGCUCAGACUGGUCUUCCGAUCAGGGACAGCGGGAAGGACGCCGACUGCCAUCCGCCUACCCACGGACCCGCGCCGGAGACCAGGCGGGCUCGCCUGCAGCGUCCGAGGGCCUCGCUGUCGCCUGAGGCCGCAGCGGCGCUACCAGAUAGCGGAGUGGCCCCUCGCCUGCACAGCUACGUGUGGGAUCACUUACUUUAAAGCAGACAGAUGCCAGAGAGAAAAGAUGGAGAUCCAGGUGAUUUUGGUCAUGAUCAGCCUAAGUGCCCCCCUCUUGGGAAAGCCUCUCUCUUAGGCAAGAGAGAAGGCUCUUGAAAGUUACCUGUUUUUCCUCUCCCACAUGGGUUUCUGAGUAGAUUGCCCCAUGACAAUGUCUUCCAUUAAGAUUGAGUGUAUCCUGCCGGGGAACUGCCGGUUAGGUGAAUCUCCAGUGUGGGAGGAAGCGUCCAACUCUCUGCUCUUCGUAGAUAUUCCUGCAAAAAAGGUUUGCCGGUGGGAUUCACUCAGCCAGCAAGUGCAGCAAGUGACUGUGGAUGCCCCAGUCAGCUCUGUGGCCCUCCGCCAGUCGGGAGGCUAUGUUGCCACAAUUGGAACAAAGUUCUGUGCUUUGAACUGGGAAGAUCAGUCAGCCAUCGUCCUGGCCACAGUAGAUAAAGACAAGAAAAACAAUCGAUUCAAUGAUGGGAAGGUGGAUCCCGCUGGGAGAUACUUUGCUGGCACCAUGGCUGAGGAAACGGCCCCAGCAGUUCUGGAGCGGCACCAAGGGUCCUUGUACUCCCUCUUUCCUGACCACCAUGUGGAAAAGUACUUUGACCAGGUGGACAUUUCCAAUGGUUUGGAUUGGUCCCUGGACCACAAGAUCUUCUAUUACAUCGACAGUCUGUCCUACUGUGUGGAUGCCUUUGACUAUGACCUGCCGACAGGAAAGAUCUCCAACCGCAGAAGUGUUUACAAGCUGGAGAAAGAAGAACAAAUCCCAGACGGAAUGUGUAUCGAUGCUGAGGGGAAACUCUGGGUGGCCUGUUACAAUGGAGGAAGAGUGAUUCGUUUAGAUCCUGAGACAGGGAAAAGACUCCAAACUGUGAAGUUGCCUGUUGAUAAAACAACCUCAUGCUGCUUUGGAGGGAAGGAUUACUCUGAAAUGUAUGUGACCUGUGCCCGAGAUGGAAUAGACCCUGAGGGUCUUUUGCGGCAACCUGAAGUUGGUGGAAUUUUCAAGAUAACUGGCCUGGGGAUCAAAGGAAUUCCUCCCUAUCCUUAUGCAGGAUAAGUGACAGGCCUUCAUUCCUAUUAGAGGAAACUUUGAAGACAACUAGAAAAUUCUGGAGCUGAAAUUUCAAUCUAGUUACAAAAAAAUGGAGGCAAUGAUAUUAUAACAAGGUUAAAUGUUUAUUUGCAAUUUUUUAAAAGUGGAGAUUUUUAACAAGGGGUGACAGGUGGGUUUGAUAACACACCAUAAGGCAUUUUGCGUAAAUAUAUGGUGAUGGAAGGAGAACUGAAUGUGGGUGGUGAACACACAAUGUGAUAUAUAGAUGAUGUAACGCAGAAUUGUACACCUGAAACCUAUGUAACUUUACUAACAAUUGUCACCCCAAUAACCUUUAAUUUUUUUUUAAAAACCCGGCAUUUUGCAAAGGUACUAUAGAAAUGUCAAGAACUGUUCAACUGUCAACCAGCCUCUUGAUUCUUUGAAAAUUGCUGGUGGAUGGGGGAAUGAAGGGACUCUAUCUGUUCUUUAUUCUGCAUUCUAGUUAUACUUAAAACUUCAAAAAAUGAAUAAAUAGUAAUAUGGUAA